UCCCGCCUUAAGCUGGUCCGUUCUUGCAAAUCGCCCUCAAACGAACCCAACCAUUCACGCGAUGAAGUUCGCUGCAAUUAUUGUGGGAAUUGUUUUGCUCUCCUUCACCGUCAGCAGUAGGAGUGCAGCAACACCACGCGGUCGUUACCGGCGCACGAUGGGAGCCGGCGAGAGCUUCAUCAACUGUUUGGCAAUCGGAAACUCAACGCAGCGCAUCUGUUCCUACGACCUUGACCUGCUGAAUGCGAUCGAACGGCAGCAAGGCAACGGAAGUCGUCCGUGUCCGGAAGGAAAGGUGUUUCGCCGCCACUGCAACGUAUGCAAAUGUGGUCGGGCUGGUGCGUUUGAGUGUAGUACCGAUCUGUGCGGGGAGGAUUUCUUUCACCCGACUGGUAUGCCACGAUACUGGUGAGAGUGUGUGUGUCGGGACAGUGCAUAGGGGGAGAAGUUGUUUGGUCGUUAGAGUAAUUGCAGUUUCUGUUAAGCUGCAUGUGAUGUAGGG